AUGUCUUUCACCACCAGCAUGUUCAGCCAACCCGAACCCAAAACAUAUAUCGGUGUUGAAGAAAUGAUUGAGCUUCUCAAGAAACACUUGGGACCUCGGCUCAGGAAGUAUAAGGAGACCUCGGAAGAAGAAUUCAAGCAAAAUGUUGACUUCUAUGGGAGGGAUUGUGAGGACACACUCUCAGAUCAAACCUAUAAAGAAGAUACUCUCGCUGCUCUUAUAAACACUGAAAAAAUUCUCUCUUGUCUUCAGCCAUACGCUGUCUUCCUGAACCAAAAAAGUCCGGACUUCCAUCAUAACCACAUAUCUGACGCCGACGAAAUGGAUGUCCCACAUAACUUGGAACGUAGGUCAGUUUUAGCAAACACUGAAACCAUAUUGAAACUUCUUCAGUCUUUCUCCGCCGAUGCCAAUGGUUUGCUAUCAACAUUCAAAGCAACAAAUGACGCCCUCAAGGGGAAUACAGUCGUCAUCGGCGAUAUCCUCGAAUAUAUUAGUGAUUUGAAGUCUGAUCUCAAGGGGGUGAGUAGCGAGUAUUCCGCAGGGUACGAAGGGGAUAAUAGGAGACGGUAUGGGAACUCGCAAUAG